AAAAAAGAAAGAAAGAAUGAAAAACUCUUGGUGUUUUCGUCGUAGCGCGGAGGAGGAAAUCUCGCGUUCUCAAGGACUGAGAUGGAAACGCGCCCGCCUCGCCCAGCUCGCGCGGAUCGAUUGCACAUCGAAAAAGAAAACAUGCGCACAAUCGCGCAUAAUCCGUUCUUUAUAUAACACGAGGACAUUACACGGCGAUGCGUUUUACCAUUUCGAUUUACCGCAGCCGCUAGUACGCAAACUCGUCAUCGCACAUACAGGCACCAUUUGCAAAUGUAAUAACAGCGGGAUCUUCUCCAUGUCGAAACAUGAGAAUUAUCGUCGUUGUUUAUCAGCGCGCACGGACGCGCAGGGUGGAAUCAUAAAACACGCGAGCACGGCACAACGAUAGCGGUCGGUGGCGCAUUUUAAUUAGGCGCUCGCGCGUGUCAUACCCUCGCACACACACACACACACACACACACACAUGUCCCCUAUUCGCGCAAUUUUCAUCGGAGCGUCGGAUUCCGCGAAGCGUUUCACUUUUCCGUCACUGAGGCUAGCCUGGGUUAGCUAGAUAAGUUAGAGAGUCUACGCUCUGCUUAACCAGUCGGGCUGGAACUUCUGGAGCGGCAAGGCGUGUGUCGCAGCGCGCGUUGACCGUCGCGACUAUGUGUCUGGCGAAGCUCGAAACGUCACUCGGCGCGCGCGUGUGGUGCAAUCGAUGGAAACACUUGAUUCUGUGACGACGCGCGAGCCAAUCGCAGAAGAAGCGUAUUUUCCGCAGUGUGCCGGGGCCACGUCGAGAGGAGCGCGCGCGGUGGUACACGAACGUACGGCGAGUUGAAUAGUCCCGCUGGCCCCUCGCAGCUCGCACGACAAUCGCGAGACAAUCGUGCGAGACGUCGGGGUCGAUUGUCGCGAUUCGCGAUUGUCGCGAGAAGCUGACAGAGAAAGGGGAAGAAAGAGAGCGGCGGACGGGGAGACGGAGGGAGACGAGAUGAUCGCGCUCGCGUCGUGCCAGGCACGAGCCGGAUAAUUAAAGUGUUAUUGUCGGCCGGAAAAAAAGUAUUCGUAUAUGCAAAUAUGCAAAUAUGCGGUGCGCAGUAGAACGAAUCGCACGCAGCCGCGAGAUUGCGCAACGCACCGCCGAUACGAUAAUCUUCGAUCGAGUUCGCGCGGCGCGCACGGCGCCGUUCUCGAUCGCGCUCACUCGCGUCCCUCCGCCGCGCGGGACCGACACCGCGCAUGCGCGAGCGCGCGAAGCGGUCGGCUACAAAGGGAAACGCGCACAAUGAUGUUUAUUAGUACGUCGAUGAGUUGCCCGUACGAAAGCCGCGUGCGGUCACGGUGUAAUCUAUCAAUGUUUAAUGUCGCCGGGCACACACACAUAUACACACACACACACACGCGCGCGCGCGCGCGCACACGCUCAUGGCCUUCGCUACAAAAGCUGUGACCUCCUCAAAUGCACCGGCACGGAACCUCUCGCAUUCGUGUGACCGUAUCUGGCGACGACGAUGAUGCACCGAGUAAUUGGCCCUGCUCGAAGCAUUGACGAUGGCACGAGCGAUUAGCCGUUGCGUGAAGUGCGGUGGGCGCGUCCGCGAGGAGGGGCAACGGCAGCAGCAGCAGCAGCAGCACCGACACAAUGCACAAGAAAUUGUAUUUGUUCAUCGGCCUGAUCGCGCUGUCGAUCGUGAUGUUCUGCCUCUACCUCUCGCGCUUCUACGACGCGGAGAUUCCGAACACGUACAGCAAGACGUUCAUGAUCCACAAAAAUGACCCCGCUGCGAACGUAAGCAAGCCGGAGUUCGCCGACGAGAAAUACAUGCGGGCGUGGGAGCUGAGCAGAGCCGGCAUCAAGACGAUCCUCCUGUGGAACACGCUGUUCGGCAACCGGAACUUCUACUUCGGCGAGGGCGAUGUUUUCCGCGGCUGUCCCGUCGACCGAUGCGAGGUCUUCAACGAUCACGCCCAUCUGAACGUGGAGGACUACGACGCGGUCCUCUUCCACGGUAACGAGCUGUAUGUGCGGGAUGUGCCGCAGAAGCGACGGACGCGGCAGCUUUAUGUGUACGUGAAUUUGGAGAGCCCGGCCAACCGGAAGAUACCCGACAAGUACUACGAGAACUAUUUCAACCUCACGAUGACGUAUCGGCUCGACAGCGACAUACUGUGGUCUUACGGGACCAUAGAAGAUGUAGCAACCGGCGACUUGGUUGCGCCCUUCGUGGACCCCGACUGGGCCGCUUAUCAGAACGAGGAAGCGGCGGACGAGGAGGCCGGGAUAUUGGACGUCGUGAAGGGUAAGAGCAAGCCGGUAACUUGGUUUGUAAGCAAUUGCCAGGCCAAAAGUGGCCGGCUGGAGUACGUGAAGGAGCUGUCGAAGCACAUAGGCGUCGAUGUGUACGGCGAGUGCGGCGAGCGCAGCUGCCUCAAGACCAGGGACUGCUUCCGCGACGUGGUCGAGCCCAACUACUUUUUCUACCUAUCUUUCGAGAAUUCCUUCUGCGACGAUUACGUGACCGAGAAGCUGAUGAACCCGCUCAGGUACAAUGUCGUACCGGUGGUUUACGGGGGUGCCAACUACAGUCGGUUCGCACCGCCGAAUUCCUACGUGAAUGCCUUGGACUUCGAGAGUCCGAAGGAGCUCGCCGCGUACUUGAAAUAUCUCUCUCAGGAUCUGCGGCGGUAUCAGAGCUUCCUGCAGUGGAAGAAAUAUUAUCGAGUCGGCCAGGGGACGACGAAACGGACGGUCUGCGCGCUCUGCGACGAGCUGCACCAGCGGAAGAGCCCGAAAACUUACCCGGCCUUGUCGCACUGGUACGCGAAGGACAAGUGUCCGAUACAGAAGCUGCUGCAAAACACCAACGACGUUUACGCGACGAAAUUAACGCUUACGAGUCGCGUCGGCUAGGGCCGAAGGCAGCGGUCCGGAGCGGUGCAGAGCGGCUUCAACGACGCGUUCGAAUGACAGGCUACGCGAAGCACCGAUUAAGCGCAGAUGACCGCAGGCUCAUAUAAGCCGUCGCGUGGCCGCACGUGCCGCACUCCAAGUGCACGGAAUACGCGUGCGAGCAGCGGCAUUGCGAGAGAGUCACUUUCGACGCUGUUACUUCCGCUGCUCGCCUCGCUGCAUGUCUUUCCGCUCGCGAUCAGUAUUGUAACGUACGUAUGAAUAAUUCCUCCCUCGGUCUCACAUCGCGCACACGCGCGUUUUCGCGAGGACUCUCUCCUUCGUGUAGCCGUUCGUGAGCGCGUCGAUGGCUGGCAAAACUACGACUGAAAACGGACGGAGAAAGAAAAAAAUACGCGUCUCUGAAUAAGAAUAUUUCACGCGCGUGUGCGUGAAAGGUGCGCGCAAGCGGCCGGUCAUUUCACCCAACAAUGCGCGGGCAUUCCUGAGACUAUAAUAGCGUGAGUGAUUACACAACUUCGACGUCUGAUUUAUGCAUCGAUGAUGGGUCAUUAGAGCAGAGUUGCUAGCGGGUCGAUGUAUUGACUACUCGCUUGAUUAGUUAAGAUCAAAGUAGCCAACCUACCAUCACACCGCGCUCCGACAUCACUCUGUACUUCCGUUCCAAGAGUUUGAGCGGCAGGCGGGUGCACGUGAUGCACUAAUCACACGAUGUCCACAAAGGACGCUGGCUUUCAAAGAUCCAUGCAUUAAAUACCGCGGGAUUGCGUAGGUGUUUAACGCAGACUCGGCAAGAGCGCGCGCGCGCCGUAUUCGCGUAAAAGACUGACGUGGGCGUUAUCGAGGGAAAAGAUUCGAGCCAACGAACGAGAGAAAUCGCCCGUUCUCGUUAAUUACUGUUUCAAUGUUUCGCUUCUACCUAGAAUAUAACGAUGAUAUCUGCAGGUAAUAAUUGUACAGUACAAUUGCGUUCGCGUCUAGAUGGGCGGUUGACGAGGAGCGAGAGGAGGGAAACGAUUAAGUGAGAAGCAUGUAUACGUAUAUAUAUAUAUAUAUAUGUAUCGUAACACAAACUAGGAUGUAAUAUUUAUCACCUCGUCGUCGCUCGCGACCGUUGAAAAUGCCUGUCAUCAGUGUAUCUUCGCAGUAUUUUCUUUUUUUAUACAUAGCAUAUUUCGAAUCGUCUACCUCACAAGCCGGCAGCGCAAUAUUACGGAACCGUACAGAAGGCAGUUUUCAUCGGAGCGAUUUUUGGCGGAAGAAUAGGCCGUACACACAAGCGUAAGUUAAGAAAUUUUAUAAGUUUUGUACAAAUCAGCCGCGAAUGAGAGUCGCUAAUUUAUUUUGUAUGUGCAAAACGUUACUUUGUAAACAGUAUUCAGAGAGAGAGAGAGAGAGAGAGAGAGAGAGAAAGAGAGAUAGGACUGAAGAGAUUAAUUUUAAGACCAGGUAGAACUCUCUCUCUCUCUCUCUCUCUUUUUCUUUCUCCUCUCUCUCUCUCUCUAUCUACAAACAUAGGCGUCGCGAAUCGGACUAUGCAGUUUGCGAUGCAAAUAAUGCAAUUGCACAUGCAUGCACAAAUAGCAUGGAAAGUCAUAUUUUAUCCGCGAUAACCGUAGCUAAUUUCUGCCUCUGCGCGAUACUUAAGUUAAUGAGCAGCGAAGCAAAAUCUCUGUUCGAUCUUUACUAAUUCGCAGAUAAAAAUGUGUAUCGCAUUUUUAUAAACCGGUUCUCGCAUAAACGUUGCAUUUUUGCAGAUGACCGAGAUAUCGCUCUUGUGUUUUAUUAAUUCAUAGCGUUUCUUAUGCGAAGUAAAUUGUGCAUAUUGAUUGUUGUAAUAAAAUUAU